CAAGCUAAGAGAGCUUGUUUCAGAGGAUGGUUUCUUUAAAUGAAAAACUAUUCUUUUGAGUGGCAAUGCUAAGAAAAUAUUGAAGUUCAGUCUUGAAUAUCUCCAAAGAAGAAAAAAGAAGAUGACAUUUAAGAAAGACUUUAAACAACAAAUGGUGCCCGAAUGGGAGAAAGACUACAUGGACUAUGAAGGCCUGAAAAAAAUAUUGAAAGAGGUCAAAAGCUGCAAACAAGCUACACAACAUAGAUCCUUGAAUCACAGACUCAGCCUUCAAAGAGCAUUGGGUGGACUUCGCUUGCAUGGUAGCAAUCAUACGAGGGAGGGAGAUAUUGAAGACCAGGUUAUAGAUGUUAAGGCAUUAGAGCUAGAUGGUUCUAAACAGUUAUAUAAGACCAAAAUUCAAAAGCACCAUGAAGAAGGAGGAGAGGCUGAAACAAGAUUCUUUCAGAAGCUGGAUGAAGAGCUCAACAAGGUCAAUUCCUUUUACAAGGAUCAGGUGGAGGCAGCGAAGCAUGAAGCAACCCUUUUGAGUAAACAAGUGGAGGCUUUUGUUGCACUUCGGAUAAAGGUGAAAAACCCUGAUCAAGGAUUGAAGCAGAUUGGUUCCUCAGCUGAAGAGAGUAUGGAUCAAAAUAAUCAGAAAAUAGAUUCUACGGGUGGCCCUGAAGCUGAUCCUAUUCAACAGGCCAAUAGAAAUACUCAUCUUGAGGAUGAAGCACACGAUAAUUGUAACAGAAGAGAUCCCAUGGAAAUCCUUGAGCAAGUAAAGAUUGAUGAUGCUCUUCAAUCUCCAACAUCAACAAUUAAAAGUGCUUUUACAGAUUCCAGUGAUGAUGAAUUAAGCUUCAACAAAGAUGAGCUUAGGAAAAUUGAAAAGCAACUGAGACUUGUGUUUACUGAGUUCUAUCAGAAACUCCUCCAUCUCAAAGAUUACAGUUUUCUGAAUCUCACAGCAUUUUCCAAGAUCAUGAUGAAGUAUGAAAAGAGUACAUCAAGGGCAGCAUCUAGAGCAUACAUGAGAGUAGUGGAUAACUCCUACCUGGGCAGUUCUGAUGAGGUUAAUUGUCUUUUGGAGAGGGUGGAAUCUACCUUCAUCAGGAACUUUACACAAUCAAAUCACAAAAAGGGGAGGAAAUUAUUAAGGCCAAAAACAAAAAGACAGAGGUACAACAUAACAUUUUUGUCAGGUUUCUUUUCUGGUUGUUUCCUUGCUCUACUGGUUGCUACUAUAUUAAGAAUAGUAUCUCAACAUUUGAUGAAGAAGCAGGAGGGGACAUUCUACAUGGAAAACAUUUUCCCCCUAUACAGUAUAUAUGGAUAUAUCACUCUCCAUAUGCUUAUGUAUGCUGCAAACACAUAUUUUUGGAAGCGUUAUAGGGUCAAUUAUCCAUUCUUAUUUGGCUUCAGACCUGGAACUGAGUUGGAUUAUAGAGAAGUUCUCCUUCUAAGCACUGGUCAUGCAGUGGUUGCACUACUAUGUUUCUUGAUAAAUUUGCAUCUGGAGAUGAACCAUAAGACAGCCACUGAACUUGUUCCUCUGAGCUUAGUUAUUCUUGUUCUUUUAAUUACCUUUUGCCCUUUCGACAUCAUGUACCGUUCGAGUCGUUUCUUCUUUUUACAGUGUUUAUUUCGCUGCAUAUGUGUUAGGCUUCCAGAUUUCUUCUUGGCUGAUCAGCUUACAAGCCAGGUCCAAGCUUUCAGGAGUUUUGAACUUUACAUAUGCUAUUAUGGCCUAGGAGAACACUCAAGGAGACAACAGAAGUGUCAAAGUCGUGGUUUCUAUAACAUACAGUAUUUCAUUGUUGGCAUCAUUCCUUUCUGGUUUCGCUUUGCACAGUGCAUGCGUCAAUGGUAUGAAGAAGGAGAUAUCACCCAUGCAUUCAGCGGUUUAAAUUCUCUCUCAACAAUUGUUGCCAUUGUCACUAGGACUAUCUUUGAACUAAAGAAGGUAACUACUUGGAAGGUGUUGGCACUCAUAAGUUCAGCUGUAGCAGUACUGCAGAACACAUAUUGUGACAUUGUCAUUGACUGGGGGCUUCUGAGAAGGCAUUCAAAGAACCCCUUUUUGAGGGAUAAACUCGUAGUUCCACACAAAAGUGUCUACUUCGUGGCCAUGGUCCUGGACAUAGUUCUUAGACUUUCCUGGAUGCAGUUGGUGCUGGAACUGAAUUGGCGCCCACUUCAUAAAGUGGCAAUGAUUACAUUUAUUUCCUGCCUUGAAGUUAUUCGUCGUGGCAUUUGGAACUUCUUUAGGUUGGAGAACGAGCACUUGAACAAUGUGGGAAACUACCGUGCUUUCAAGGCAGUCCCUCAUCCUUUCAGCUUUUAUGAUGAGGUAAAUGACAAGGACGACUAGUGGCGUUCAAUUGAAUGCAACACUGCAGCAGCUAGAGUUCAAAGCAAAAUAUAUAUUGACUUGGAUACUAAACAUAGUUUGAAAGAAGCUGGACGUAGAAAAAAUUGCUGCCAAUAU